ACUCUCAACGACAUCUCAAUCCACCAACCUGUCCCCUCAACUCGCCGCUUCGCGCAGCUGCACCGAUCGGCACACCGUCACUCGUUGGUCCAACUGCUCCGCCCAACGUCAUGUCGCGAGAUAUCAAUAACAGCAAGGCCCAGCCGCCUGCGCCAACGCCGCAGAAUACCCCCGCCAACAAUGCCCCUAUCUCAUCGCACGCUCAGGCACCCAACCUUACGAGCCUGAAGGAAGAGGACCUUGACCGCGCAGCAGCCGCAUCCAUCUUCGCUCAGAACCCUCGUCUGGUCUCGAUGAUGCAGAACAAGCUGUCUGGCCUGAUUGGCAAGUCGAGUGGGUACGUCGAGUCACUGCCAGCGCCAGUGCGAAGACGUGUCGCUGGUCUCAAGGGCGUGCAGAAAGAGCACUCCAAGCUUGAGGCGCAGUUCCAGGAGGAGGUUCUCGAGCUCGAGAAGAAGUUCUUCGCCAAGUUUACCCCACUGUACGAGAAGCGUGCGAAGAUCAUCAACGGCGAGGCCGAGCCCACUGAUGCCGAAGUCGAGGCCGGCGAGGAAGACGACGAGGAAGAUGAAGAGGCGGAAGAAGCCAAGGCAGAGGCAGACAAGAACGCUCAGGGUGCAGAUGCUGCAAAGGGUAUCCCAGAGUUCUGGCUGAGCUCGAUGAAGAACUCAUCGCUUGCCGAGACCAUUACCGACCGCGACGAGGAAGCACUCAAGUUCCUCACUGACAUCCGCAUGGAGUACCUCGAUCGCCCUGGCUUCCGCUUGAUCUUCGAGUUCUCCGAGAACCCAUUCUUCAGCAACAAGACCUUGUCCAAGACAUACUACUAUCAAGAAGAGAACGGCUACGGUGGUGAUUUCAUCUACGACCAUGCCGAGGGCGACAAGAUCGACUGGAAGGCCGGUCAGGACUUGACGGUCAAGGUAGAGAGCAAGAAGCAGAGGAACAAGAACACCAAGCAGACCCGCAUUGUCAAGAAGACGAUUCCAACACCAUCAUUCUUCGACUUCUUCAACCCCGCAGUGCCUCCGGCUGACGAUGACGAGGAGAUCGACGACGACAUCGAAGCCAAGCUUGAGCUCGACUACCAGCUCGGCGAGGACAUCAAGGAGAAGCUUAUCCCACGUGCGAUUGACUGGUUCACUGGUGAGGCUCUUCAAUUCGAGCAAGGCUUCGAUGACUUCGACGAGGACGACUUCGAAGACGAGGACGAUGAGGAUGAGGACGAGGAUGACCGCGACGAGGAUGAUGAGGACGAGGACGAAGAUGAGGAGGAGGGUGGCAAGCCAAAGCAGGAGGCUGCUGAGUGCAAACAGAGCUAAAUGAUUAGACCCUGAUAUGCACUGAGCGUGCGUCUCAAUGGCGCCGGCAGUCAUGAGAUACCCUCGACUUGCAUCACAUCACACUGGAAGUGCUCCAAUCUGGCAUCAGACUCGAUAGCGAUAGAUCUCCUCAUUCGGGCGGCGGCGGCGGCUACUUGUACAGUUUUGCACCGACACACGUGGAGAUCUACCUCCCCUUACGCCGCCAUGACGAGAAACCAACCAUCACGUUCCUUAUGAAUUUGUCCACGUUGACAAGACACCGCGCACACAAACCUCCUUUGCAUCGACAGGCGUUUAAUCUGAUUAGCAGUCUCUUUGCUUUUCUUGUUGCUUCUUGCGCGCCUCCACCGACCAUCACCGAUACCACCACCGAACGACAAAUCACCAAAAUAUAUCUUAAUCAACAACACACACCAACAAACCUCUGCGAAACAGUGGCAGUGGCGCCUGACCGUAUGCUAUGAAUGACGACGACCUCUUUUGAUCAGAGUUUGAAGUGAACUGGGAAGACGGCGUAACUGGCGGUGGAACUUUCAACGGAAUUGCAGGGAAGCGAAUGGGCGCACAAAUGAGAAUCGAGUCCUGAAGUCUGUCUGCGAUGCUUCUCCUGACGACGACCAUUGUUGCUACUGCUACUGCUGUUUUCUGUCGAGUAUGCAGGUGUUCCAAGUGGAGAAAGGAGAAGAAAGGGCAGGUA